AUGAACGACGAAGACGUUAGUCCGAAAGCUUACCCGCUGGCCAACACUGACCUGUCUCAAAAGUUGCUUGACCUCGUGCAGCAGUCAGUCAGUUAUAAACAAAUCAGGAAAGGUGCAAACGAAGUAACUAAGACGUUGAAUCGAGGGAUUGCUGAACUGAUAAUCAUGGCCGCUGAUGCAGAACCUAUCGAAAUCUUGCUACACCUUCCCCUCUUAUGCGAAGACAAGAAUGUGCCGUACGUUUUCGUAAAGUCAAAAGCAGCUCUCGGCAGGGCGUGCGGAGUAUCCAGGCCCGUUAUUGCUUGUUCAGUAAUGGUUAAUGAGGGAUCUCAACUGAAACUGCAAAUACAGAAGAUGAAAGAAGAAGUUGAAAAGUUGCUAUUUUGA